AUGGCAAUUGCAUUCGCGCAGGGCAUUGGCCGAUUCAUUCCCAUGGUCGGAUACCACCAUGUGUUGAUGAUUCUUAUUGCCGUCGCAAUUAUCUUGUUAUCACUCUUGUUGGCUGGAUGCUCUUCAUCAUCCCCGCAAAUACCCAAUAUCUUCCUUAUCUCCAUGUACUAUGAGAAGUACAAGCCCGUUCUCGAUCUCGCGCAAGUCGACCCCGGCGUGGUUACGGCCAUGUCAAACAUUGUACAAAGCGCCGAAUUGGAAGUUCGCGUGGGAUACUUUGGUAUCUGCAUUCAGCCCGAUGGUGGCUCGUUCAUCUGUAACGCCAACGCCACUGCGCUCGCCGAGAUUGUCAAUGUCGACGCAGACCCACUCAACUUGAUCUGGGUUGCGUCAACAUUCAAGGAUGCAGUUGUGUUCCCAUACCUUCUCAUCGUUGCCGUCAUUCUCGCUUUCUUCUGCUUCAUCCUCCUCGCAACCUUCCCCGGCUGGCACGAGGAGCCUGACGAGUCUGGCUCUGCCGUUGAAGUCAAGCCCUUUCCAUCUCGACCCGUUUCCCAAGCUGCCCUUGCCCUGAUCUUCGUGUCUUCCGUCUUCGUGCUCGUCUCAGUAUUAUGGCAGCAUACUGCAUCGGUUGCAGCUAGCACGAUAGCCCAGGAUUUUGGUAACAGCGUCGUCAAGAGCGGUGUUGGUACCUCCGCCAUGGUAUUGGGUUGGUUCGGUUUUGUGCUAUUGGUGAUCGUCACCAUCGGUCUCCUGAUCAUGAUUCUGAGCAUCAGUAUGCUGAGAAAACUGACUGACGAUGACUAA